AUGUGGAAGAUAUCAGAAGACUAUUCCAAUGGCAUCUUCUACUUGAGUCUUUGGCCUUUUAGCGGCACCAUGAUGGUUCUCGCAGACGCUGACGCGGCGUCGCAGCUCGAUAGCCUGGCUCUCGGUAAAGGGCUCGACAUAAUCGACCCCAUUGAGAAGGUCACUGGUGGAAAGAGCCUGUUGACCAUGAAAGGAGAUGAAUGGAAGCACUGGCGACGCUUGUUCAAUCCGGGUUUCAGUGCUGGGUACAUGAUGGGCUCGACGUCUGUCAUCGCAGAUGAAGUGGGCAUUUUUCGCCAGAAACUUCUGGCCAAAUGCACAACAGGACAGAGCGAAGUGUUCUUACUCGAGGAUCUGACCCUGAAGAUGACCUUCGAUAUAAUCGGGUCUGUUGUGCUAGAUACUCGACUUGGUCAUCAGACGCGGGAUCACCCUUUAGCAGCUGCUCUUCGAAAGCAGAUAGAAUGGACUUCCUUCCGCGAGCCGCUGAACCCUCUAGAAAGAUAUCUCACAAUCCGUCCGCUCGUUCUCUGGCUCAACGGGAAGAAGUUGGAUCGGUAUCUAUCUGCGGAGAUCAAUAAGAGACUUGCGGAGCGUUCUGCAAAUCUGUCCAACUCAAACGGCACAACGCGCUCGAAGUCGAUAGCUUCGCUUUUCAUCGAUGAUUAUCUUAAGGAAUUGGGAGAGGAAAAUCUAGGCAAGAGAGAGAAUCCGGACACCAUGCAGAAGAUCAAACAUAUCAUCACACCCCAGAACGGACCCAUCACAGGUUCAGGAUAA